GUAGUGCGGCCAGACUGCCCUCUCGCUUUCCGGCAGGGUGGCCAGAUCGCCCGCUCCUCUCCACCUUGCCCCGCCUGCCGACCACUUUCCGGCAGUGUGGCCGAAUCGGGCCCCCCCCCCCCCUUCGUUCCCCACCGCCGCCGAAAGAUCACUUUCCGGCAGUGUGGCGGGGCACCGCCGUCUGGUCCCCGCCGGGUCCGUGGGGUGCGGGGAGUUGGAAGGUUCGAGUCCCGCCUGAGGAAUGAGCCUGUUCGACCUUUUCCGGGGCUUUUUCGGAUUCCCGGCGCCUCAGAGGCGCAGGGAUCCCUUUUUUGGAGGGAUGACUAGAGAAGAGGAUGAUGAAGAUGAAGAGGAGGAAGAAGGAGGAGGGACCUGGGGGACGAGGUUCGGAGGACCCAGAUCCCCGGAAGAGUUCACUUUUGGCUUCAGUUUUGGCCCUGAGGAUGAGAUGCGUUUCCACGAUAACUUUGGCUUUGAUGAACUGAUUCGGGAUUUCAACCGUAUUUUCGGAGAUAUGGGAGCCUGGACCCUGCCUUCCCGCCCCCCUGAACUCCCAGGCCCAGAGCCAGAGGCCCCAAAUGAAAAGCAGAGGGAGGGGGAGACCAUCCGGGAUUCAAUGCUCAAGUAUCCAGAUAGUCACCAACCUAAGACUUUCAGUGGGAGCUCGGAGAGUGAAGUGGGGCACUCAUCUCCCAAAGGGGGCCCAGACUGGGACUCCAAGAGGCCUUUGCGUGGGUUUGGUGACAGGUGGCCAGUAAUCCCUGAUGCUAGAACCAAAGAGGACAAGGAUCUUGAUUCUCAGGUCUCAAAGGAGGGCCUAGGUCAAGUCUUACAGCCCCAGCCUAAGUCAUACUUCAGAAGUGUCUCAGUUACCAAGAUAACUGGGCCAGAUGGGACGGUGGAGGAGCGUCGCACUGUCGUUGACAGUGAGGGCCACAAAGAAACCACAGUGACCCGCCGAGAAGCAGAUGGCAAUUAUAGAGAUGAUUCAGGCACCCCACGGCCUCCAGACUUGGGGGACAGCUCCUCCAUCCUGAAUUCAUUCCUAGGACGAUGGUUCCGAUCUUGAUGGCCCAAGAUGACUCCAUGGAGGAUUCCAUCCCCUCCCCUCCCUAUCCUACAUAUUACCAUCUGGGGAGUCCUAACAUCAUUAGGUGGCUGAUCUGCUCUUCCUGCCACAGGGGGGGGGAUUCCUGAGGGUGGUGUGGAAUGUGACAGGUAAAGGAAAAGGUAACAUCCACUCUUCCCCGUCCCCCAAAAAUAAAAUCUUUAUUUAUGCUA